AAGCAUGUGCAUAUUAAUUUUCUGAGGACAAAGUCUCAACAUUUUUGCCUCAGCAAAGCUACCACCAACUCUAUCUCCGCAUCAAUGGCCCAAACUAUGUAAUGCAUUGAAGAGACAAUGCACACUGUAGAGUUGUUUGUUCUUUUCUGAUGUCUUUUUUUCGUUAUAAGCCCCAUUGAAGGACAUAACUUUCAUGACAGUGCGUGUUGUUUUGAGGACGAAUACCAGACAUGGGGGAAGAAAAUGGUGAAGGAAGAUCCUUAGCUGAAACCCCCACCUAUGCCGUGGCAACUGUGAUCGCUGUCCUUGUUUCAUUUAGUUUCCUGUUUCAGGGCACGUUAAAAAAACUGGUAAAGUGGUUGGACAGAACCAAGAGAAAAUCUCUGCUUUCUGCUCUGGAAAAGAUCAAAGAAGAAUUGAUGCUUUUUGGGCUUCUGUCAUUGCUGAUGGGUCAUUGGAUUAUUUUUGUGGCAAAGAUUUGCGUUAAGUCAUCGGUUAUAAGCAGCAGAUUUUUUCCGUGCCCAUUGGAAAAGAAUUCUGUGAAACGUGUUGUCUGGUUGAGUUCAGAAUAUUCAAAUAGAACAGUUGUCAAAGGGCAAGUGAACAAUGGCUUGCGAAAUUAUUGCCCUGAGGGUCACGAAUCAUUGGCUUGUUAUGAAAGUCUUGAGCAGCUGCAUCGCUUUGUGUUUGUUCUUGGGGUCACCCAUGUUACCUAUAGCUUUCUUGCUGUUGCCCUGGCCAUGAUCAAGAUAUAUAGCUGGAGAACAUGGGAAAACGAAGCAAAGACUAUUGCUGUACAAAGCAUUCAAGAUACUUCACAAAGUACAUCAAGCAUAAGAUUGAGGCGGCUUAAUACAUUCAUCUUUCACCAUACAUCCCAUCCAUGGAGUCAUCACAAAAUUCUUGUUUGGCUGCUAUGCUUCAGCCGCCAAUUUUGGAGUUCCAUUCACCGAGCUGAUUACAUGGCAUUGCGCUUAGGCUUCAUUACUAACCACGAUCUUCCUACAACAUACGAUUUCCACAACUAUAUGCUUCGAAGCAUGGAUGAGGAAUUUCGUGACAUUGUUGGAGUUAGUGUACUUCUCUGGGUAUAUGCCAUCUGCUGUAUGUUCCUAAAUUUUCAUGGUAGCAACUUUUACUUUUGGCUUUCCUUCGUUCCAGCAAUAUUGAUCCUCAUUAUUGGUACUAAAUUGCAUCGAGUGGUAGUAAAGUUGGCUGUUGAAAUAAUAAAUCGUUGCCCAAAUUUGAAACCUCACCAAUUUAACUUAAGAGAUGAACUCUUUUGGUUUGGAAAGCCCAGGUUCCUAUUACGGUUAAUUCAAUUGAUUUCCUUCUUGGUAAGUAAUAUUCUGUUUCCAUUUUGCUUUUUCAUUGCUGAUACACUUAUAUUCUUUCUCCCUGUUGUAAUAUUUCAGAAUGCAUUUGAAAUGGCUACAUUCCUAUGGUCUUUGUGGGAAAUUAAAGAUCCUUCUUGCUUCAUGAACAACCGAACCUUUAUUGUGAUUCGCUUGUCAUUCGGGGUCAUCUCCCAAGUGUGGUGUAGCUUUAUAACGUUUCCUCUCUACGUUAUCAUCACACAGAUGGGGUCAAGGUUCAAGAAGACCGUGGUGUCUGAAAAUGUGAGAAAAUCACUCUCUAAAUGGCAGAGAAGAGUGAAGGAGAGACAAAGUUAUUCUUCUGCACUCCUUACUGCAACAUCAAUAAGUGAGGAAGGAAGCUCCUCAGGGACUAAAGAUCUUUGUCUCUCUUAUCUUGAUCAUGUGUCAAGGACUCAAGCAGAUGCAUCAUUUCCAAGCUAUGAAAAUGAUCCUCAUGAUAUAAUCCAUGAUUCAUCUCCUCCAUUGUCUUGAGAUUGCUUAGUGUUAUGAGUUAAAUCGAAAUACUUUAUAUAAUCCAUCUUUAACUUUUGUUCUCUGCAUAACAAAGUGAAAAUGCACACAAUCACGGUUAAACUGAAUAA